GGUUUAAAGAAAUUGGAAAAUGAUCGUUUUCAGAUAUGGGAAAAGUUGUAGUCGCUGUGAUAAUAUUAUUACUAGUUAUGGUGACAACCAAAGGACUGGAGAUAAAAUAUCUCCGUAGAAUACCUUUCAACGAUGUAGAAAAACAAUCCUGGGUUAACGAGAAAACUGGUCAAGCCCUUUGGGAGGAUAUUCAUCCUAACUUGAUAGAACGAAGUUCAUCCCGUGAGGAUGAGAACAGACAAGAUCGUAAAAGCUUCGAUUUGGAAAGACCUUCGGAAGUUGGGACUAGGGAAAACGAUUUAACGAAGAAAAAUUCAAGCAAAAUUAAAUCGAUCCUACGAAAACCGAAAUGUUCGAAUUUGAGAAUAUUAUUCGAUCUUUCGUCAUCGAACGAUUGUGACAAAUCAAUCCGAAAAUGUAAUUCUCGAAAGUAUCGUAGGCAAAUCGAAAAAUGGUCAGUUCCUCAACCGUUCUACGUCGAUGAACCAAAAUGGAUUGAAAUGGAGCUUGACUAUGAAGAAAACAUACCAUACGAUAUACAUAACGAAAAGAAUACCUUUUUUGUAACGCGUGGGAAAAGACCGUUCAUGCCAAAGAGCAAAGAGCAAUCUUCUGUAUUACUACAAAAUCUGUAUUACUACAAAGAAAAGGAAAAUAAUGAUAAGAAGUUUCUUGAAAAAGCGAAUAAGUUCACUGAAGACAAGAACAAUAGGAUUAAAAAAAACGAUUUAAAAAGAAAAGAAGAGAGAAGGAAAGCUUUGAAACUGGGCACUCGUCAGUUAGAAGAUUUGGUACGUAAUUUAGAAAAACCGGAAGAACCGUUUGUUCUGACUCGAGGAAAAAAAUUAUAUGUUAGGAAUCACGAGAUGUCUUUAAAUACGAAUAUCAAAAAGGAAACUUUGGAAAAUGGAUCUAUCGGAAAAAUUCAAAAACGUUCGAUAAUCGACGUACCCACGUACAUUAAAAUGAUUAAUACAAACGCAAGUUCGUUGUUAAAAGAAACGAAUAAUGUGACAUUAUCCAAAAAACAACAACUCCGUUUACGAACGAGAAGAAAUUCUUGCGAAGAUAUUGACUGUUCUAUCGAUCAUUCUAAAAAGAAGAUUCGUUUGACAGAAGACGAUGAAAGGGCAGUUCUUGAUUCUGAUUACGUCAAACGAAGGGAUAAACAUUCGGACAUUUACGACAUACUCGAAGUACCCUUCUUCAUUUCCAGAGGUAAAAAGACAUUUGAGUAUAAAAAUCAGCAGGAAUCCAUAAAUACACCAAUUAAUAAUGGCGAAUCGUUGGAUUCUAUCGAGGCUGCUAAACAAAUUUUUCAACGAUUGUUUAAUUCUGGAGUAUGCAAUAUUGAUUUAUGCAAAGAUUUAAUAAAAUUUAUCAGAGAAAACGAUACAAAUAUGAUUGAAAGAAAUCGUAAAAGUAGCCUUGAAGAAUUGUUCAAAAAACAUGAUUUGUUUUACGUCGUUAGGGGUAAGAAAAUGUAUUUGAGUAAUUUUUUAAAAGAAAAUCAGCUCAAAUCUGACGUAAAUCUAAAUGGCAAUGAAUUUUUAGCGAAAGAUCAUUUGUCUUAUAAUAUUAAAAAUCUUGAUAAACGAUACGCUCGCUAA